AUGUUCGGAGGCAAACCUGCAUGGGUUGAUCCGGAUGAUAAGACGCUCACCAUUUCUUUGAAGUCUGUUAACCGCCUCAAAAAGUUGCGUAAAGAGGAAGCAGAGGAUAUUGUCAAUGGUGUUGAUUAUGAGCAGAGACUGAGGAAACAAUUCGAAAAAGUUUAUCCAGUACCAAGCUGGGCAUUACCUGAAGGAUCACGGAAACGUCAUUCAGAUUACUCGGACGAAGAGCAGGAACAGGAACAGGAGCAUUCAUUAUUAUCGAGCAGCAAGGGAUUCUUGGAGAAAUCUGACAAGCUCCGGAUCUUGUCACCCGAAUCCAUUUCUGUUACUCGUGUCAAGAAUGCUAAUCAGAUGGCUUAUUCAAAAUCAGUGAUCCAAUCCGUAGAGUUUCAUCCUAGUGGUCAGAUGUUGCUCACUGCAGGAUUCGAUCGCACCUUACGUUUAUUUCAAAUUGAUGGCAAGCUGAAUCAGAUGAUGCAGUCCAUUUUCUACAAGGAUAUGCCCAUCUACAAGGCAGCAUUCUCAGCAACGGGAUCUGAAAUUGUCGCCAGCGGUCGACGUAAAUACUUUUAUGUGUUGGAUAUUGAGGCUGGCAAAGUUGAGAAAUCAGAUGGUAUCUACGGACGUCAAGAGAAAUCGCUCGAGAAAUUUUCACUUUCCCCCUGUGGAGAAUGGUUUGCGUUCUUGGGACGUGAUGGUUAUAUUGUCUUGGUCUCAAGCAAGACAAGACAAUGGGUCAAGAACUUGAAGAUGAAUGGAAAUGUCAGAGCUGUAGCCUGGUCCUCUGACUCGGCUUUCCUUUAUUCUGUUGGAGGUGAUGCAGAGAUCUAUCAGUGGGAAGUCAGCACAGGAAAAUGUUUACAUCGAUUCAUGGACGAAGGUGGUUUCCGUCCCACUUGCUUGGCUGUUUCGCCCAAUGAUCAAUUCUUUGCAGUCGGUUCCAAGAGUGGUAUUGUCAACAUCUAUGACCGUACAUGCUUAACGACACGCAAUCCUAAGGCUUUGCGAGCGAUUGGCAACUUGACGACAGCAAUCCAUACCAUGCGUUUCAAUCAUGACUCUCAAAUCCUGGCCAUUUCCUCGAAGGGCCGUAAGGACCAACUUCGUUUGAUUCAUAUUCCGUCGCUCAAAGUCUUCCCCAAUUGGCCAACGAAGGGCACACCACUCUCCUAUGUUUCCUCACUAACCUUCUCACCAAGGAGUGGAUACCUUGCGAUUGGCAAUGAUAAAGGCAAAGUCUUGCUCUACCGUCUUAACCAUUAUCCAUCUGCAUAA